GGCGCGUACACUGCAGGGUUGUCUGUGCAUGCUAAGCUAAUAAUAAUUACAACUCGCUCUUUCAAAUAACACAACGCGGGAUUUAUUUCAAUGGAGAGCAUAAACGCCAAAUAUGUAUCCCAGAAAAUCAGCAAGACAAGGUGGCGGCCGGUUUCUCAUUCCGAGUUACAACAACCAGACAUCUUUGCGACUGGCUCAUGGGACAACGAGGAUAAUAAGAUUUCCAUAUGGUCCAUCGGGAGUCAUGCAAGUAACGGCAUAGAAGAUGGAUUUGAGGGAGACCCACAGCUUUUGUGCGAACACAAGCACGAUGGAGAUGUUCUUGACCUUCAAUUCUUGGAUCAAGAAAGGAUCGUCACAGCAUCGUCAACAGGGGCGGUCUCCAUUUUUCGCCACCACCCAAAGACUCAGACAUUAUCGAACUCUCAGCACUGGUCGAGAGCACAUCGUUACCCAUGUGACAACGCUCCCUGCACAGGCGUCGUGUGCAGCAGUCCUGAGAUUGUUUCUGUAGGUGAAGAUGGCAGAAUCACUGUUUUCAGAGCUGACCAGGAAGGAGUGGUUCGAGUCAUCGACAACGCAGACAGCAGCACAAUCCAUGCAGUGACGUACUUGAGGACAACAGAGAUUUUGACGGUGAAUUCGAUUGGUCAGCUCAAGCUGUGGGACUUCAGACAACAAAGCAGCUCCCCGUCACAAAUCUUCUCCCUCUCGGGGGAUCGAGUCCCUCUACACUGUGUGGACAGACACCCAAACCAGCAGCACAUCAUCGCCACUGGAGGCCAGGAUGGCAUGCUCUGUGUCUGGGAUGUACGGCAGGGGAACACACCUUUCUCACUCAUGGAGGCACACUCUGCUGAAAUGUGGGAAGUGCACUUUCACCCAACCAACCCGGAUCAUCUGUUUACUUGUUCCGAGGACGGCUCACUGCUGCACUGGGAGACUUCGUCCCCCUCAGACAUGCCCUCCUUCCUACAAGGUGGCAAGAGCAGCGGCGUGAUCUCCCGCAGCGCGAUGGCUCCAGCUGGAGGGAACCAGUCCCUGAUCAGCGCCUGGCUCAGCGGAGACUCCAGCAAGGGCCGCCUGGAGACCACUCACAUGCUGCCCAGCCAGACGCUCUCCGUCAACAGCCUGGACGUGCUGGGACAGUGUCUCGUCUGCGGGACCGACGGAGAGGCUGUGUUUGUUAACAGACGGGUCCCAGUUUAGCGGAGCCGUGAGACCACAGGAGAUGUGGACGAAGAUGUUUAUUUCAGGCACAACAGAAGGUUAUUUUGUGUGUUGAUGCAGUUUGGCUCAAACUCUGUUUGACACAUUUGGUUUGCUUGUGUAUUUGCCUUCAGUUACGGGUUUCAGUGAUCAACAUUUAGUCAGGUUUUUGUAAAUCAUUUCAAGCGAAUUGUUACAAUACAGCAAAACAUUUUGUAUGAACUCAGUUUAAAACUGUUAAAAAAU